AUGGGAGAGGUAAUCCGGCAUCGCUCCAAUGGUGUUGCGAGGAAUAUAGAGACGGUGCAUGCGAGAUAUCUAAGCGAGAACAGAACAUACACAGGUUGGUCUAGUAAUAAUCAUCAUAAGAAUAAUCAGUCGUCGUUGUCGUUGUCGUCGUCGAAGAACCUUUCUUCUUCCAAACAACGCGUUUUGAAGGCAUCAAAGAGCUCAUCUCAAUCGCUCAAGUGGUGGUGGAAUGAUCCUGAGAUGAAGCGGCAACGCCGGAUUACUUCGUAUAAGUUGUACAGCGCCGAAGCCAAUGUCAAAAGCUCUUUCAAGAAAGGCCUUCGUUGGCUGGGGAAGAAGUGCUCCAUGAUUAUACGUCGGAUUUGA